AUGUAAUAAGAAGAAAAAGGAAGAUUUGAGAUUAAGAAAUGGUACCCUGUUGCUUUUUGGUGUAUAUACAUUUUUUUAAUACUUAGCUUGGAGUUUGAAAGUUGAACAUUGUGCUAUUUGCAAAAAUCAUAUAAUGGAAAAAUGUAUUGAAUGUGAAGGAAAGGAUUAAAAAGAGAUUUGUAUUACUUAAUAAGGAAAAUGUGGACAUGCCUAUCAUGAACAUUGCAUAAGAUAAUGGCUGAAAACUAAAAAUACUUGUCCAUUGGAUAAUAAGUAAUGGGAAGAGGAAAAGAAAACAAAUUGAGCAAAC